AUGGAAUCCGCCAUCGGAUCGACACAUCUACUUCCACUAGAGCUAAUUGACAAAUGCAUCGGCUCUCGAAUACACAUAAUAAUGAAGAAUGAUAAAGAAAUGGUUGGCACUCUCCUCGGCUUUGAUGGUUAUGUCAACAUGGUGCUGGUGGAUGUCACGCAGUUCGAGUUCACGGCGAAAGGCAAGCGCAUAACAAAACUUGCUCACAUCCUUCUUAAUGGAAGUCAUAUAGCCAUGAUGGUGCCUGGCGGUGAAGGUCCUGAGAUGUGA